GGCAAAUGCCGGGAAGCAACCAGUCUCUGUUUCCUUCUUUAACUGUUUUAUAUAUAUACACACAAAGCAAUGGCCAUUUCUUCUCUCUCCGUCUUUCACCAUAAUCGUACUUUCUCCUUUGCUCUUUAGGUAUAGUGACUGGUGAUUGUAGUGCAGAGUUGAUAAUGGCAGCGUUUGUCUCAAUGGAUGAUUUCUUGAAAAACUGUGAGCAAUCUGGUGAUGCUGCAUACGCUGCGUUCAGGUCAUUGUUGGAGCGGUUGGAGGAUUCGAAGACUCGAAAGGAGGCCCGAAUCUUCCUUUCGGAUCUCCAUAAGCGUGUUGGCGACUCCGAUCAGUGUCUCCAGAAAUACCAUUUUCGGAUCCAAGAUAUCUUCUUGGACCAAUUCGAAGGUUAUCAGGGGAGAAAGAAAUUGACAAUGAUGGUUAUCCCAAGCAUUUUUAUGCCUGAAGACUGGUCCUUCACUUUUUAUGAGGGACUGAAUAGACAUCCUGAGUCAAUCUUCAAGGACAGAACAGUCGCUGAGCUUGGUUGUGGAAAUGGAUGGAUAUCCAUUGCGCUUGCGGACAAGUGGUUGCCUUCAAAGGUGUAUGGCCUUGAUAUUAACCCUAGAGCAAUAAAGAUUUCCUGGAUCAAUUUGUAUUUAAAUGCUUUGGAUGAAAAUGGUCAACCCAUCUAUGAUGCAGAGAAGAAAACUUUACUGGAGAGGGUGGAAUUUCAUGAAUCUGAUCUACUUGCUUAUUGUAGAGAUAAUGACAUUCAACUUGAACGAAUUGUUGGGUGCAUACCACAGAUUCUUAACCCAAAUCCAGAUGCAAUGUCUAAAAUGAUUACUGAAAAUGCUAGUGAAGAAUUUCUGCAUUCAUUGAGCAACUACUGUGCACUUCAGGGCUUUGUUGAGGAUCAGUUUGGCUUAGGUCUAAUUGCCAGGGCUGUUGAGGAAGGAAUAGCUGUCAUCAAGCCUAUGGGGAUUAUGAUUUUUAACAUGGGUGGCCGUCCAGGACAAGCUGUUUGUAAACGUUUGUUUGAACGCCGUGGAUUUCAUGUUAGCAAGCUUUGGCAGACUAAAGUUAUUCAGGCUGGUGACACAGAUAUAUCAGCCCUAGUUGAAAUUGAGAAGAACAGUCCGCACCGGUUUGAGUUUUUCAUGGGUCUUUCUGGAGAUCAGCCGAUUUGUGCUCGAACAGCAUGGGCUUAUGGGAAGGCUGGUGGUCGCAUUGCUCAUGCUUUAUCAGUUUACAGUUGUCAACUUCGCCAACCAAACCAGGUUAAAAAAAUUUUCGAGUUUCUUAAGAAUGGCUUCCAGGAGGUCAGCAGUUCUUUAGAUUUGUCUUUUGUGGAUGAUUCUGUUGCUGAUGAGAAGAUUCCAUACCUCGCUUAUCUUGCUGGUGAAUUGAAAGAACAGUCAUGUUUCCCUUAUGAGUCACCAGCUGGAAGCAAACGAUUUCGCAAUCUAAUUGCAGGCUUUAUGAAAACGUAUCACCAUGUUCCACUCAGUUCCAAUAAUGUCGUCAUAUUUCCUUCAAGAGCUGUUGCAAUUGAAAAUACUCUUCGAUUGUUCUCACCUCGUCUUGCAAUUGUUGAUGAACAUCUGACUCGACACUUACCUCGGCAAUGGUUAACUUCGUUAGCAAUUGAGGGUACAGAAAAUUAUGACCCUUCAAAGGAUACAAUCACAGUUAUUGAAGCACCAAGACAGUCUGAUUUAAUGGUAGAGCUGAUAAAGAAGCUCAAACCACAGGUGGUGGUCACUGGGAUGGCUCAAUUUGAGGCUGUAACUAGUUCAGCAUUUAUUCAACUUUUGGAUAUUACUAGAGAAAUUGGAUCUCGUCUUUUCUUAGACAUAUCUGAUCACCUUGAGCUAUCCAGCCUUCCGAGUCCCAAUGGAGUCCUAAAAUAUCUUUCAGGAGCUCGUCUACCUUCACAUGCUGCAAUCCUUUGUGGCCUCGUAAAGAACCAGGUUUAUUCAGAUUUAGAAGUUGCUUUCGUCGUUUCAGAAGAAGAGGCCAUUUUUAAGGCCUUGUCCAAGACAGUCGAAGUACUAGAAGGAAAUACUGCACCUAUCAGGCAGUUUUAUUAUGGCUGUCUUUUUCAUGAGCUUCUGGCAUUUCAGCUUGCAGACCGACGUCCACUUGCAGAGAGAGAAUGUGAAAAGGCCAAAUCAGUUGAGGCAAUUGGGUUUUCAAGUUCCGCUAUUUCAGUCCUCAAUGAUUCUGAGUUGUCAAUUACUGAGGAAGAAAAAUCUUCCUUGAUUCACAUGGAUGCAGAUCAAUCCUUCUUGCCUAUUCCAUCUACUGUAAAAGCAGCAAUCUUCGAAAGUUUUGCAAGGCAGAACAUGGCUGAAUCAGAAGUCGAUGUUACCCCUAGCAUCAAGCAAUUCAUUAAGAGCAAUUAUGGGUUCCAUACUGACAACAACACAGAGUUUGUCUAUGCAGACUUCUCACAAGCCCUGCUUAAUAGACUGAUCCUCUGCUGCAUCCAAGAAGGAGGAACAUUUUGCUUCCCAGCUGGCUCAAAUGGGAACUAUGUGUCUGCUGCCAAGUUUUUAAAAGCAAACAUUUUGAGUAUCCCAACUGACUCUGCAUCAGGUUUCAAGCUGACAGACAAGCUACUCAAUGAAGCGCUUAAUACUGUAAAUAAGCCAUGGGUGUAUAUUUCUGGUCCAACAAUUAACCCUACUGGCUUGUUGUACAACAAUAAAGAGAUGGAGAGCAUAUUGACUACUUGUGCAAAAUUUGGGGCACGAGUUGUCAUUGAUACUUCAUUCUCAGGAUUGGAAUUUGAUCUGGAAGGUUGGGGUGGUUGGAAUUUAGAGGCAACAUUAUCAAAGUUGAAUGCCUCUGCCAACCCUUCUUUUUCUGUGUCUUUGCUUGGAGGACUUUCUCUUAAGCUUCUAAGUGGAGUACUCAAAUUUGGGUUUUUGGUUUUAAACAAUCCCACUUUAGUGGAUGCAUUUUAUAGCUUUCCAGGAUUAAGCAAACCUCAUAGCACUGUUAAAUAUGCUAUAAAGAAGUUGUUGGGCUUGGAUGAGAGUAAGGCAAGAGACCUUACAGAUGAUGUUGCAGAACAAACAAGAAAUUUGAAAUCCAGAUCCCAGCGCAUGAAAGAGACACUAGAGAAAUGCGGGUGGGAAGUGCUUGAACCCUGUGGUGGUGUUUCUAUGAUGGCAAAGCCUGCUGCCUACCUGAACAAGGUCAUUAAAAUCAAGCAUUCCCCAGAAGAUGGUGCUGGAAAUGCUGCUCCAUAUGAAAUCAAGCUCAAUGACUCAAAUAUUAGGGAUGCUAUAGUGAAGUCAACAGGUUUAUGCAUCAACAGUGGCUUAUGGACUGGAAUUCCCAGCUACUGCCGCUUCACAAUUGCUUUGGAAGAAAAUGAUUUCGAGCGAGCAUUGAAUUGCAUAAUUAAAUUUAAGGAUCUCAUUAGUAACUAAAUGAUCUAUAACAUUCAAGUUUAUCGGUGCAGUGUUUCCACAGUUUAGACGUCUGUGAAAUAAUGCAGAUCUGCAACCCAACUCACAGAACUCCAGCAAUUUAUACAAGCCAAACAACAUCAACUGAGGUUUUUCUUUUAUCCUUAUUAAAUCAUACCGACCCAUGUUUCUAAUUUUGUUGGGUCUCAGUUUAUUUUUGUAUGAACUCUCAAAAUGGAUUAUAAUGAAAUCUUGUUCAUUCUGAUUUC